AUGACGUUCACUUUUACUUCUUACAUUCGAGAUCAUGCAGGUCCUUCUUUUGAUAUUGUUGGCUGCUUUCGAGCAUCGAAAUUGACAGACCAGGAAGCAGCAGAAAAAGAAUUCAAGAAAGCCGUUAAGACUGUUUCAUAUUGGAAAACAAGCGCAGCUCAAUCGUGGGCAUUAGAACAAGUUCGUAACAAGUUCCUUAUCUUGAGUAAUGUUGAUUUGCAGUCAUAUUGGGUUGGAACGACUAAAAGCGUUGCGAUCUUGAAAGGAAAAAGAACAUAUUAUGAAUUCUGUGGAGAAGCAUCUGAGUCAUUAUCAAACGUUCGCGAGGAAUCACCCCUCAUGUAUCUACGACCCGAGGAUAAAGCCUCUAAUUCUGCUUAUUAG